CGAAGAUGAUACAGGUCUUAUCGAUGCUGGACCAAUAAUGUCGCGUACGAACAUGAUCGCGCGAUCCAUGGUUCACCAUUUCCUCGGCGGAUGAAGUGAAAGCCAUGAUCGAGGCUGGAGUAGAAUGUAAAGAAGUCGAUGUGAUUCGAGAGAGGGAAACCGCUUUGCUGUCCAGUUACUCCAAGGCAAGCUGAAAGGAAUGUUGAGCGGUGUGCAUCGCAACGCCAACGAGUUCUCUCACACUGAACAUCUCUAAUCAACGUCAACAUCACGACGCGCCAUUGAUUGAAAAUUCAUGCUUUGACGGAGAAUGAAAUCAAAUUGAAUAUGAUGCCGCCGAGGUACAUUAUUAUCGCAAUAUCUCUAAUAUAUGUUACAGAAUGCGCGACCCAAGUUUACAAGAGUCAAUCGGUCGAGACUGCAGUAGUGGUCAAACCGGCAGUCGCGAACGAUGACUUUAUUACACAAACCGUCUACGGAUUCUUGGAUUUUACUACCACUAUUGGGAAUACCGUGAUGGUGUUCAGCCCGCAAAGCGCGCCAUCAGCCGGUGAAAAGGAAAAGAAAAGCACCGUAUCGAUUAUCCAAACGAAGCCGAGCGAAACGAAGGAAAAAGUGGCCCCCGCUAUUCAACCAAGCAAGACGUACAAGACUAAUACCGAGGAAGAAACGAAAAAGCAAGUUAAAGGAACGAAGGUUGUUGUGAAUUCAGUGAUCGAACAGAACGUGAUUAAUUCCUCCGAGGAUAAUGGGUCGAGAAGUGUAAAAGAUCAAGAGCCGAAGACUCAAACUCAAGCGAUGACGAAGAGUCCUGUGGUGUCCUCGCAAGUGCAGGUAAAGUCGAAGGAUGAGGCGCCUGUGAUUAAGAACAAUCUUGCAGAACCCGAAUACGAUUUCCUCUCGAAGCAACCUACGGAAAUAGUCGACGAGACGUACAAGUUGAUCAAUUUGAGGCCAUCAUCAAAAGCUCACGGGAAACCGAGGCCGACUGGUCGUCGGGAGAAGGAGAAUCCAACUGGGCUGGUCACGAAGCUCGGUGGAACUAUCGUUAAAGACGGACUGACUACUGUUCACGAAACAAGCGUGAUCGGCACUUACAUAAAUGGGAAAUACGCCCAGGUUCUUCAGAGCUCGUCGAGAAUACUUUCUGGCACGCCGCCCGUUCCAGAAGGCAAAAUCCGUCCCUCGAGCACGCAACGUAUCCUGAAGACUAUCGGGCCCCAACAGGGAAAGCUGAAACCGCAACUGGAGCCCACACCAACCCAUCAACAAGAAGAAUCAUCCUUACCUCUCGAAGUUUUGUUUAGCGCUCCGGCUGGUUCCACGGUAAGAAGCACUCGAAAAAAUUCAACUCCAAAUUCAUCGCGGCCAAAAUUCCGGAACAAGAUUAACGAUGAUUACGAGAACAGUGGGGAAGUGCAAAAAUCGAAGCUGAGCAAGAAUCGUAGCAGCACGACUUCAAGGCCAAGUUACAAAAAUCGAAAUCCUCCGACAACGACCACCGAGCCGCCCAUCACUCGCCGCCGCACAGGUUUUCGACCCAACAAUCAACCGAGUUUGCCCUCGAAGCAGAUUAACAAAAGUAAGAAUGACCAGCAGCCAAUCGCUUCGAACCCUUUGCCGAAACCAAAGUUGCCAAGAACACAGGGCCGUUGGUCCUACAAGACGACGCCCAAACCGAGGAUAGCUAUUCGAAAGCAAGUGGAUAUCGAGGAGGAUCAACGAAGCUCGAUGUCCGUCGAAACUAGCACGACCGAGGCUCCGUCUGGCGUGGAUGAAGGGAAGACUACCGCCGCGUCCUCGCUCCCCUCGUCGACAACGUCCACCACGGUGACGAGCGGCCAAACGGUUAACGGUCAGAGAAAAAUUCAAGAGGUGGGGAACGACGACGAGUUGGACCCGAGCGAAAGCGAGGACGUGGCCAGCGUGAGCGUUCAGGAUCAACAUUCCGAGCAACAAAUUUUACCGAUCGAAACGAUCAACGUCGAGAUCUCGACGGCCGCUGAUAUGAACAACGUGUAUUUCGAAAUUGCCACUAUUAAAUCGCCGUACACAUUCCAGGUUGGAACGUUGAGGAAUACCCGUUACGUGACGGUUACCUCGACGAUGAAGAAAUCAUUUUCAACGAUCGAUCCGUCCACAACUAUAUCCCCGACGGAACCAUUGACCGAAAAUUUGCUCGCGAAUACGGGAGCUGCGUACGAAACGACGUUGCCGUUGGACUCGGCUGUGGCAACUCUUCCAGCGAUAUCUUUGGAAACCGGACAAGCGACGCCACCUUUAGAGACAUUGACCGAAACAUUCUCCACGACUCAAACGUUGCUCAAAACUCACCUGCUCCCGGUCGUUUCCGGCAACAACACAACCAAGAUCACUCUCGUUCAAACGUACAACAUAGCGCGAGUUGUCACUGCAACGAAGACAUUGCCGCCCAUGGACAUCUACCAAUUCAUCCCGAGCAAAGCGUUGAACGAGUUCAACUCGAAACUGGACGAAGCAGGUAGCGAGCUUCAUUUAGAAUUGGAUGUCGGUGACGAGGAGAGAGACGACGACGAUAUUCCUAAAAGAGUGGUCGCUCCUAGCAACGAAAUGGACGCGGAUUUGGAACCGUUCAAAUCGAUUUCCUCGUCGAAAGUGAAACCCAUGGAGACGCAGAGCGCCUCCAUAGAAUCCCAAUUGACUCCAGAUCAAUUGGCUCUAUUGAAAUAUUUCGGUCAACAGCAACCGCAGGUGAUCACUACGUCGCGACCAAUCGUCGUCCUCGAAACUCUCUACGAGUCCCACGUGAUCCCUGUGGUGAAUAACGGAAACACGAUAUACUCGACGUUGUCGAGGCCGGUCGGGACCGUGCCGCGCACCUCCUACGAAUACGGGACGUCCACCAUCGCGCCUGUUUUAACGCCCCAAUUGCCACCACAAUUGCCCCACCAAUUGCCACUGUUUCCCCAGCAACCUCAGUUCACUGUGACCAGCGCUCCGCUCGUAACCCAAACUCUCGCAACUCUCUCCGAUUCGAAGGUGUUGAAACUCACUUUCGGGGCGAAGACCGCUUAUACCACGUUAUUCUCGAGCAGAGUGGUCCCCACCGAAAUCACCACCUACGUUACGACAACCGUGCCUGUUCAACCGACGGUCGCACCUUUCCCUGGAUAUUAUCCACCGCCUGUCGGCUAUCCACCUUUCCCAUUCGUGGGAUAAAGUUUCAUGCAGGUUCGCGCUUCAACGUGCGGAGAAAUACACGAAUGAAGAAAUAAUAGGGAAUGUUAUUUUCCGAAUGUUUUUGUUUUUGUGGAGGGGGAAGGAGAAAAAAAAAGAACGUUUAGAUCGGAUAAAUCAUCGAUAGAAGGUGAUCGGGGGAGGGGAAAAAAAUAAAUAAAUAAAACGACGAUAUUAACGACAACUUUAUACGGAUACGUAUAGAAAUUGUAGGGGAGAAAUUAUUAUUCGAUCGGUCAAUUUCUCAAUUUUUGUGUGACCAAGAUGAUAUUUGAUAAUUACUUGGCGUAAUAUUAUUUAAGAUAUUUAAAAUCUAGCGUUUAACGUACGUAAUACGUAAGGUACAAGUUAUUCUCGGAGGAAUAAAGAUUUCUCACGUGCUAAUCGAAAUACAGCUCUUUACAGAUCUGUAAUAUAUUUUUUAAGAUUCGUUUACGUUUAUAUUCAUGGAUUAUAAUGCGACAUGCAACAAAUCAUUUGCGAUAAGACGAAGUUCAAGUUUUGGAAUCAAAUUUAAAGGUAAUAAAAAUAUGAUCUUUUUUUUUUUUAAUAAAAGAUAGAAUAAUAAAAUAUUUCUUAAUAGUGUCAUACGUUUACAAAGACUGAUUAAUUUUAAAGAAAACUAUAUGUGUUUGAACAGAACUAUAUGUGUUUAUAUAUGUAUUAAAUAUGCGUAUUAUGAUUAUUCAAAAAAAGUAUGUAUAACAAUUUUUCUUCUUAAAUUAAUCGGAUCGUUUAUCGUGUUGCAUGCCACAUUAUAAUACGUGAGCAAUUUAAUCAAACAAAAAGAUUACAAGUUCAAACGACGUUUUAUGAUCUUUAUUAUGCGAUAUUUCAAUAUUUGUAUCUACAGAUACAUCUAUAAAUUAAAGUGCAUGACUUAAUAAGUGAAGAAUAAAUAUUAUUGAAAUGAUUAUUUGGAGAUAUUUAGAAUCGAUAUUUUUCUCAUUUUUUUUUUAUUUUGAGGCAAAAAGAAGUUUAUUUUUCGUUAAAUAUAAAUCUGCAUACUGCAAAUGAAAAUUAAGUAUUGGUUACAAAUUAAUACGAUGCUUUUAAAAAAUACAUUUUAUAAAAAUUGUAAUCAAGUCAGAAAUAAAUUAAUUAAUAUAUCAUAUUAUAUACAUUUAUACACAAUGUUCAGAAGUAUUGUAUGUAAUUUCUAGAAGAAUAACUUAAUAACGUUUUAGAUAAUGAUAUAUAAAAUUUAAUCGAUACAUAAUGUGCAAAUAUCGAAAACGAAUUAUAGUUUAGAAAAAUUAUUUUGUACGUUUAUUUGAUAUAUAGAAAUAUAUUAAUUGGCCGAUAAUGAAAACAUUGUAUAUAAAUUAACAAUUAUAGCGACUAUGAUAUUAGUAUUGUAUAUUAAAAAUUUUGUAAAUAAAGUAAAUACAUACCAAUACAUAUAUAUUUUUUGCUUUAUCAAAAACUAGAAUAUAUUUAAUUAAUAGUCGUUUUAAACGAUAUGAAAUUCUAUUUUUAUAUUUUAUAUUCAUUUAAGAAACACUAGUUGAUAAAAUAUUUAUUAUAUUAAAUAUUAUAAAAAUGUACGAACAUUGGUUAAUUGAAAAUUCCUGAAGUAAUUUCAAAAUUUUCCUUUGCAAAAACUUUGUUUUUCUCUUCUUUGUCAAUUAUUUUUCUUCUUGUCGUUCUCUCUCUCUCUCUCUCUCUCUCUCUCUCUCUCUCUCUCUCUCUCUCUCUCUCUCUCUCUCUCUCUCU